AUGCGUGAUUCGUUUUUCAAAAUGUUUGGCUCUGUCAAGCUUGUACAAGAAGUGUCGCGAUCGUCGCCUUCAUCACAGCCUCAAUCGUCGACUCAUCUGACAAACCAGUCAUCAACAGCAGCAGCAGCAGCACCGCCAGCACCACCACCACCGCCACAAGUAUCGCAUCAUCAUCAUCAACACCCUCUUAGUAUUGACACCAACGUGCAUCCUACUACUACUACAACAACAACUACAACAGUGGAACGGAAUAGUGAACCGCCUAUUACACAAUCACCGACGACACCAUCAUCCUCGCACAGCUCGUAUUGGCCACCGCAUUCUGUGCAGCCAAUACCGCUUACUUUUAACAGUUACACACCCGCGACUCCGAGUUUGCCUAUGUGGAUAUCGUCAUACAGCUCAAAACAACCAGCUGCUCGGGGCAUUAGAGAACUUUUAUUCGGCUCAUCCGCUACUACAACUACUACUACUAUUACACAGCCUUCUUGUGCAUCAGCCCCAAUGACAUCAACAACAACAUCCUCUAUGACAGCUCCUCGGCAUACACAUACUCGUCGUGGAUCAAGAAGUAUUCGACGCUCAAGACAAUUAUCCAUCAAAGGGCAUGGUCGACGUCCAAGUAGAACAUGGUCAUCAUCCGCUGUCAUGCGUCCACUUGAUAGUAAGGAUAAAUCCAAAUCCCAAAAACUUUUGUGUCUAUGGCCGCUUCCCGUCAUCACACGCUACACAAUCGCUUUAUCAUUGCUUGUCUCCGCUUUUCGGUUUGCAAACAUACUCAGCGCCACUUGCUCAGCACCCUCUUUUGUGAUCUAUCGUCAUGAAUGGCUGAAUCUUGCUCUAUCGCCCUUUCUAUUCGAUUGGUCUCUCCAUGGUUUGCUUGUCUUUGGUUGGAAUGUGCUGAUCCUGGGAUUAUUCGAGGAAUCAUUGACACACAUGUUGGGCGGUACACGCCGUUUUGUACGCGUCCUCGUUUCCAUCGUGAUCAGCGUGUGUCUUUUACGCCAGGCUCUUGGUUAUCUUUUUUCUAAAUCCACUGGUUGGGCGGUCCCAUUACUCUUUUUCAGUGACUCGGUGCAUGAGUGUAACCAAGGCAUUGCACCCUUUUUAUUUGCAUUGUUGAUGGUACAAUCACUCAGCAUCGAUGACAAGUAUAUUGUGCUUUACGGAGAUGCCGAUCCGAAUCACAAAUUGACCGUGCGUAAGGUCACGUUACAAUUGCUCAUGUGCCUUGUCAAUUAUUUGGUCAAGAACAUUCUGUGGUGGUCAUUGACAGGUCUUUUGACUGGCUACGUGGCAGCUAUCAUCAUCCAAGCAACCAUCCUUCGAGAAAAACGUGGCAUCGCUACUACAACAACGGCACCCACAACACCCACCCAUACGACUUGGGAUGAUAAGGAUGUUCCACCUGCAUUUGAGGAAUUCCCAAGGGCUACACCUUUGUGGCGCUUACUCUUGUCAGCUUUCAGAAAAGCCUUCACCGUGAUUGCCGUGACAUUGCCCUUGUUGUUAUUGUUCAAUGCCUAUUACUACAGCCAAGAGGGUCUCGUGGAUUCCACUAUGCUGAAUCAACUUUCGCAUGAUCGCUACAUGUUCACCUUUGUUGUCAUGACGGCUCCUCGACGUGGUGAACCACCCUUGCUUUCUCGUACAAUUGAGUCUUAUCUCGCCAAUUGGCCUGUGGAUCCUGCACCUGGUUCUCUUCAUAGUCGUCUUCAGCUGAUGGUCUAUACCCACUUUAGCAACCAUUCGCAAUUUGAUGCCGCUAGGGAACGUUUCUCGAAUGAUCUCAAAGGCCAACGCUAUAUCAAGUGGGUACGUGAGGAAGGCAACGAGAUGAAUCAACGUCUACACGUCUCCAAGGCUUUGCAAUUGGCAACCGAGAGCUUCCAGAGUACCUAUGUCGCUUUGGUUGAAGAUGAUUUCCCCAUUUGUGGAUCGGAUGCUUGGCACCAGCUGGAACAUGUUGUAUAUCAAGCCAAUAAGCAUACAGCUAAUCACUGUGGUGUCUUUGUUGGUACAGGUGGAAGUGGCCUAUUCCUUAAGCCUGAAACUGCUCAGUUGGUGUCUCGACUUUUGCUUCAAUAUGGUGAUACACCUCCCGAUAUUGUGAUCCAAAAAUGUCUUCGAGGCGAGUUGGCCGAAUGUAGCCAUUGCCAAGAUUCACUUGUUACUAGCAAGACACUUCUUAUGUACCAUAUUGGUUUCAACACAUCUACCAGCACGGAUCGUGUGUAUAAGAAGGAUGAAUUCCAGUGUGGUUGGCGCCAUCCCUUUAAUGGUGACCCAAGUGUUAUCACGCUGUAA